AUGGAUGAAGUUCGGUAUCAAGCGGCGUUGUGGAGUGUUAUCCACAAUCUAGAAAAACGAGUGCGCGAUACGAAGUUACGACACCGCCAAAAGCUACGAUCUCUCGAAAACGCACAGGCACCCAUGAAAACGAAAAGUGCACCGCGAACGAUAGACAAUUUCGUAGUGAACCUCUCUUCCAUCCAAUUUACGAAAGCAGAGCUAGAUUUGCUCAACAAAGGGUUAAAUUUUGCUAUCUCCCCCCAGUGUGCCCGCCUUGCCGAUAUCGUGAGCAAUAUCGAAAGUGCCAUUCAGUUCGAGAAUCACGCGUAUAAAGCAGCCACCCGUCACAGUGUUAAGGAAUGUAUAGUGAGAACGGCGAGCAAAAAGGAGAACAAAAAUCGCGCCAACUUCGAUACGUGGUGCACAAUCCGUCUGUUGAAAUCUCGUGAUGUGAUAUACUCUCGUGCCGAUAAGGGGAACGCGGUAGUGAUUAUGGAUAGAGAAGAUUACGACUCGCGCGUUCGGGACAUGAUCAGUGCCGGUCCGUAUGAAGAGUUUACUUUCAAAAACGAAAAGCCGAAAGAUCCUCUUAACAGAAUGGUUGAGGAAGUGAAUCAUGUUCGGAAGAAGGUAGCUAACUUGAUGGGCGAAGACAGGUUGGAAAGAAAGUUCCAUGUUCCAAACCCGACGGUGGCAUCCUUGUAUUGCCUACCAAAGAUUCAUAAGAAUCCGGUAGGUAUGCGCCCGAUCUCGUCCAACAUCCGUACCCCUACCGAAAAAAUGGCAGCGUGGCUAGUGGAAGAAAUGAGAAAAUACCCUGUAAAGCAUGGAAAAGGUGUUAAAAACUCGGUGGAUUUGGUUGAGCAGCUAGAGGGGUUCAAAUUGCGACGAGGUGAAAUUCUGGUAUCGUUCGAUGUCGCCGCUCUAUUUCCGAGCGUACCAGCCACUGAAGCUCUGCAAAGCCUGCGCCGACACUUGGAACGGUGCCGAGUGCCGCUGAACCACAUCGAGGCUUAUCUCUCUGUUGCUAAGGUCUGUAUGAACCAAAAUUUUUUCAACUUCCGGGGAAAAUACUACAAACAGACCUUCGGCCUGAGCAUGGGUAGUAAGCUCUCACCACUUCUGGCCGAUUUGUUUAUGAGCGAUCUAGAAAAUGAAGCCCAGAAACAGAAGCUUUUUCCCCGAGUGUGGUGGCGCUACGUAGACGAUGUUUUCGCCCCGGUGAAGGAACGGUACGUAGACCAGACACUUAGCAUGCUAAAUUCACAACAUGAAACGAUCAAAUUCACGGUUGAGAAGGAAGUAGACGGGAAAUUGCCUUUCUUGGAUCUGAUGAUUAGCAGAGACGAGGAUAACACUCUGAAAUUUGGGAUUUAUCGCAAACCAACUAGCACAGAUCGGUACAUAACAUCCGAUUCCAACCACUUUGGUGCCCAAAAGCAAGCCGCCUUCCAUUCUAUGGCUCACCGGCUUUACAAUAUACCGUUGGACAGCGUAGAAUUCAAAGAGGAACAAAAUCGAAUUUACGCUGCAGCCGAGAUGUUACCGUUAAUAUACAACGGGAGUCCUUGA